AUGUUCAUGCACACUGGACUCACCCUCAGGACGCUCUCAGCAGCUAGUGCUGGCACAGGAGCCUCCGUGAGAUAUGCUUCUACAUUUCGGCAUCGUGUCUCAAAGACUUUGGUCCCCACGUCAAAGCAAAAGUUUGUUCACGUUGCAGGUCAGGAGAUGGUCCCCAGUCAACAGCUUUUGCUCCGCUCCGGAAUGAUGCGCCAGUCGUCUUCAGGAAUUUACUCUAUCUUACCCUAUGGUCACAGAAUUCUCACAAAGAUCGAGGCUAUCAUCGACGACGAGCUGGAGAACAUUGGAUGCCAAAAGCUGUCGCUCCCUAACAUGCAAACUUCUGAUAAUUGGAAAAAGACAGGACGCUGGCAGAGUGCAGGACAGGAGAUGUUCAAGCUCAAGGACCGCCGGGGAUCCGAUUUCUUGUUGGCGCCUACUCACGAGGAAGAGGUCACAAGUCUGAUUGCCAAGGAGGUCCAGAGUUAUCGUCAGCUUCCUAUCCGUGUCUACCAGGUCGGGCGCAAGUUCCGAGAUGAGCUGAGAGCCAGGAGUGGAUUGUUGCGAGGAAAGGAAUUUGUGAUGAAAGAUCUGUAUACUUUCGAUGUCACUGAGCAAGAGGCUUUCAAGACGUAUGACGAGGUCGUGCUCGCUUACAGGAGGAUUAUGGAGCGCCUGGGCGUACCAUAUGCUGUGGCGGAGGCAGACACAGGAAACAUUGGAGGGUCACAUUCACACGAAUUCCAUAUCCUUUCCAAAGUCGGAGAGGAUUCGUUGCUGUCUUGCGGAUCAUGUGGAUACACGUCCAACGAGGAGCGCGCCAUUGGAGUCAUACCCUCAACACCAACCAAGGCAGCAACAAAGUUCCGCAAUUCAGAAGAGGUCCCCAAGUGGAUCGAGUCGUUGGAUGUUGUCCCUCGGUCUGCUGUCCGCGUCAACCCCAGGUUCAAAUUUGGCGUCUUGAAGGCCCCUGCUGCAGACGGAUCUCCGGAUGAAAACUGCACUUUGGUUGCCGUAGCAACUUCGGGUGACCGUGAGGUGAACGAGAUCAAGGUGUCCAAGGCGUUUGGGAAUGUUGAGCUUGCAGGAUCAGUCCAGGAUGUUCAAACCUUGCUGGGAGAGUCCAAGGUGACGGACCUUAUGCUCUGUGUGGAUCAGUCACUAUACCCAGGACAGGAGCCUCCUCGACCAAAGGAUGUCGUGCUCGAUGGAUCGUCACUGCCUGAGGGAUUGUCAUCAUUGGUCGGCCCUAGUAACUUGAAGAAGUCACUGAAGGUCGUCUAUGGAGACUAUCACAACUGCAAGCCUGGCGAUGGAUGUCCUCACUGUCAAAAGAAUAAGGGAUUGAUUGAACCCAUGGAGGUCACCAGAGCCAUCGAGGUUGGACACACAUUUAUGUUGGGCACAAAGUAUUCUGUGCCAUUAAAUGCGACAUUUGUUGCAGAGGACGGUCAGGAGGAGGUGCCCAUUCAGAUGGGAUGCUAUGGACUCGGUGUUACCCGUUUGUUGGCUUCCAUCGUCGAGGCCUCGCAUGACCACAAGGGAAUUGUCUGGCCAGAGUCGGUUGCACCCUACCGUGUUGUGAUUGUGACCUCGGAGGAUGAGGGGUGUGUAGAGGCUGCUGAGAAUGUAUAUGAUAUCGUACAGAAGGCGUUGAAUGUCAAAGCGGAUGUGAUCUUGGAUGACCGGACAGAGACAACGCUUGGAUUCAAGAUGAAAGAUGCUGAAUUGAUUGGAUACCCCUGGAUGGUUGUUGUUGGAAAGGGCUUUUUGAGGACGGGCAACAUUGAAGUCCAGCACCGCAAGUCUGGUGAUAAGUGGUCGUUGGAGUGGCCCAAGAUCGAGGGGUUCUUCCAGGAGCGCCGCCUCCUUGCUCAAGAAUAA